GAAAUUUUAUUUCCUUUUUUUUGAAAUUGUGAAUAACGAAACAUUAUUUUCCUAGAGUUGUUAUAAACGGCUUGUUGUAGGCGUUUAAUAGUCAUUCAGCGUCGGAACGUUUGACUGAACGGGUUAAAAUUUAUAAAACAAUAUUGUUAUAAUUUGGAUAAGGUCGAAUGUUUAGAUAAGCAAUUAGUAUUUUUUUUGAUUAUCGUUUUUGUGCAUAAUUAGUGUCAGAAAAUUAGAUUUGCUUCUUGAAAUGAUUACAACAGAGAAUAUGAUUUCUGGAAGUCAACAUCCGAGUACUACGAUUCAAUAAGUGAUAUUUUGAAUUGCAAGCAUACUUGUUUAUUAAAAGGCAUGGAGUCCUUAAAGAAACACUUGAAUCAUCAUUUAUGAACAUGAAGCUAAGCUUGGCGUUAUACAAUCAAGGAUUAACAAAAUGGCAGAUACAGGCGACGAUUCGCUAAACAACACACUGUUUAGAAACUGGCUUAAAGUGGUUUUGUCUCUGAGGAUUUUGGCUAGUGGACUAACACAUUUUGUAGAAAAGCACUGUAAACAGCUACAUAGGAAGUUGAUUUCAAAAGCAGAGCAAAUAUCUAACUCUACGCUGACGUCUUGCUCACAAUGUUUUGUGAAAACCAUUUUGCCGUGGCACGUGUAUAAAAAUGGUGGCUGUCCAGCUCAGAAGACAGCUGGAGUAAGAUGCAGGUGCAAAACACAUGGAGCACACGUUUGUCCAACAAUAGGUGAACCUUGUAGUGUGAUGCACGAUUUAAUUGUAGCGUAUCAUCAUUCACAUAACCCGUUAUGGCGAAAUACAGACUGUCAGUCAUGGGUGAAUGAUUACUGGUCAGUAGCGAAAUGCUAUUUGAGUACAACGGGCUACGCGAGCUCAACAUCGGCAGCUGAUAUGGAUUGUACUGGUCUCCUAUCGCUAUGCAUCAACAACGACUUUUUGAGAAGACACAUUGAUGAUAUAUCUAAUUUUGAAAAGGUCAGAAAUUGGAGAAAUACAUUGUUUCACUCACCAAACCUCGAACUAUCAGAAUCAGACAUGAAAGCUGCCAUUCAGGACAUGAUCAAUCUUUUAAAAGACGGACAAGAUCUGAUAAAUGAGUCAGCUGCACAGUCAGUUGCAGCGGAAUUGUCUAAGAUCACAAGUGAAGACUUUGUUUUGACGUUAGCAGAGUCAAAGAAGAUGUUAUUUGAAAUGAUGAACGCCAUCGAAUACCAAAAGGAUGCUGCAAUUCGUGAAAUCAACGAAUAUACGGAUACUAAACUCGACGAUAUACGAGUUGAAUUUGUUAAAUGUAGAGGUCAAGUACUUGAUAUGGAAGCCUUCCAAAAAUACCUUGUUGAAACUUACGAAAAGUACUACAUAAAAUCCGAUGUUUCACCAUUGUUUCCGGAGGAAGAUGACAAUAUUGAUGAUCUUUAUGUUUCACUUAAAAUGGAAAGACGAGCACAUACACUUGGGAAGGAAAAGACUCUUACGCGUUGUGGAGCGGACAUUUAUAAAACAAGAACAUCCGAAGUCGCCGAACAAUUAAAUACGUUUGAAGAACUGUUUCAGAAGAAUGGAGAAAGGGUUGAGAACAUAUUUAUUGUCGCAGAUGCAGGAAUGGGAAAAACUACACUGUGUCGAAAAAUCACUUCAACGUGGUGUACCUGCUACGAUGAACAAAUAUGUAAUGCUUCUACGGAAAAUUCAGUUGAAACAACAAUGCAUUGUACUGACGCGGUACGGAAAAUCAGUACGGGAAAUCAGCAAUGCAUGCUCCAAUUUAGAUUCUUGUUUUACGUGUCGUUGCGUCAUGCAACAACAGAACAUAGUAUUGAAGAAAUGGUUGAACAUCAGCUGCUACAAGAAAAACAUAUCAAUUUAUUCCAUAGCAUUUUGGAGAAAAUACCACAGCAAUGUCUUUUUAUUGUUGAUGGCUUAGAUGAAUGGAAAUCGAGAGCAAACGAACAAAAAAGUCCAAAAACUAUUGAUGGACUCCCAGCGAAAAAUUGUAAAUGCACAACAUUGAUCACUACAAGGCCAUGGAAAUUUGCUGAAGUACGUCCAAGAACUUCAGAUGUUGACUCGGAAGUACAUCUGAAAGGUAUAUCAUUCAAAAAUGCAUCAAUUCUGGCUGGGAUAGCUCUUGGUAGACUUAACAAAAGUAGAGGAAAAUGCUUGAAAGUUGAAAAUUUCAUUGCAGAGAUUCGAAAAAGAAAUCUGAUGGCUUUAGUAGGUUCACCACUAAUGCUAAAGCUUUUACUUUGUACAUGGUUCGAUAAUAAUAAUCUUCCAGGUACCAAAACACAAAUAUAUAGUACAGUUGUGAAGCUUAUGAUUAGAAUGUAUACAGAAAAAAGAGGUGAAAACCGUGAUCAAGAGACACACAAGGAAGAAAGGCAUCUUGAAGAGAAACUUCCUUUCAUGCUACAAAACUUCUCUGAAUUUACGUCCCACGCGCGGAUGUUACUUGCACUGGGUGAAUUUUCAUUCAAGACGUUUGUUAAGUCCAACACUCUUGUUUUUGAGCUUUCGAACUUCGAACAAUACGGCAUGACAAAAAAAGACACUAGAGCAUUCCUUGAAAUGGGACUCUUGUCGAAGAGCAGGUUACGAACAAGUUCAGUAACAUCACAUACCGUUCAAAUUUCCUAUAUCCACAGAUCAUUUCAAGAAUACUUUGCCGCUCUUCACUUGAGUGGACAUCAAGAACAAAUCGAAACAAUAUUGGCAAUGUGCAAAGGAAGCAGACGACUUGCUGAACAUCAAGGGAUUUUGCAUUUUACGUCUGGUUUUGAACCAAAAAUUGUCCGGCGAAUUUCAGAACAUAUCUACAAGGACGGUUCUGAAGAUGACACUGUUGACGAUGCCAUAUAUACGAUAGUACAGAAGACGCUCGUGUCAUGCAUUUCAGAAGCUGGAUUGUUACGGCCUAAACCAGGAAGCGUAUAUAUAAAGAUCCUGAGACUAACUAACCGGCCUGAUCUAGACAUGCUUCCAUUGAUCAACCCAGAAUGUGUAUGCAGACUAGAUAUUACCGAACACGUGCAAUUGGAAAUGAAACACAUCGAUUGCAUCUUUGCAAUGACGAAUCUUUGCCAUCUUGUUAUUAUGAAUGACAAUAAGGUUCUUAAAUCAAAUAUUACAGUGGCUCUUUUGCAAACAUGCAUACGUCUCAAAUGUUUAGAGCUUGAUGAUUACAAUUUCCUCAAUGUUUCUGAACUGACAAUACUUCCGAUAUCUUGCCAUUUAUCGUAUAUCCGACUGUUCAGAUGUCAACUGACCCAUUCACAAAUCACCUCCAUGAUAUGUGAUGUUCCAACGUUGGAAGACUUGAAACUUUGGACGGUAACGUGUGAACCAGACAGACACUGUGGUUGCCUUAAACAGAUCAAAAGUGUUUCCCAUCCCAAAUGCAAAAUCGAAAAUCAAAAAGAAGACGACGCACGUUUAGAAUCUGCGGGAAAUGGAUUAUAUUAUCUGAAAUCGAUUUCUGUGUCAAACUGCCAGGUUUAUGAAUCAUCGGGGGUGUUUACUCAUCUGAAAGAUUCAAAUUCAUUGACAUGCUUAAAGGUAACGGACUCAACAAUAGACACGAGUUUUCUAAACUUCCUGGGUCAAUGUUUUCGGUUAGAAGAUUUAGAAUUAGACUUCGUGGCGUUUAGCGGGUAUAGCGAGGGAUGCACAUUGAAUGGCGGUUCGCUACAACAACUGAAACUGAAUGAUGUUGACAUAGAUUAUAGAAUAAUCAUUUCAACAAUAAACGGAUGCAACACGACUGCACCUCUUGACAUUAAAAUGAAUCAUGUUCGACUUAUUGGAAUCAAUGCAGACAAAUUCAAGUGUUUAUUGUCUGAGUGCAACGGCGUUUCGAUCGGGCCAUUUUCGGGUAAUAAAGAUUAUGUUCAAACCACAUCACUGAAAGUUGUAAACGAAAGGACUGACCUUGUUGGAAAAACAGAUGUAGUUCACGAAGGUUCUACAACCAAAGACGUGAGGACGGUAUCAGAAACCAUCAUUACCGAAAUCGCUCCAGGACUGCUUUCUCGAUCAGUUGAGCGGACAUCGAAACGCGUACACUGCGUUUUGUUUUAAUAGCGUUGAUGUUCUGAUAAUGUUCCAGGCGCUGUUACUUUUUUGGUUCCUGAACAUAACAGAACGUAUUCUUUAUUAAAGUUGGAACGCGAUUAUGUUUUGAUUAAUUACAAUACGUUUCGUAUCUAGAUACCCUGACUUUUCUUGUAUAUAUAUAGAGAGAGAUAAGAUAUUUUGUUUUUGUAGUAUAUGUAUACUCGUUGCAAUGACAUUGUAAAUGAAAUGCAGAUUAAGAAUAAGGAUCAGUGUGGAUAUUUAAUUGUGUCUACUCCAGUAAAUUGUCGAAUAUCUACAGAUUGUUUUUGCUUUC